GUUUGUCAGACAUGAGUCAGUUGUUGGGUCGUCAGGACUGUAUCGAAAGCCUCCGCAAAGACCUCGUCGACCUUCAAGGUGCGAUCCUGGACGUCUUUUCCAGAACCGGACCAGUCCGCUUUUCCUCCUGGAAGUUCCCUGAUAAACUCUCAUGUAAUCUGGACAUGGUAGCUCUACUGGAGCAGUAUGACUUUGUGGAUGGGGAGGUUGCGUUCAAUCAGCACUCCCACAUUGUGCUAUUGGAGCUGGUGAUUGACAGACUACUGCUUCUUCUACAAAGCUUCAAUGCUUAUGUUGAGCAAAUUAGGUGCAGCCACAUGAGAGAACAAACCCAGCAGAGAGGAUGCCUGUCAGUGGGUCUUGUCGUUAGAAGCUAUUGGAGUAAUUUAGUUAAUUUUGCCAACCCUAAGGGGACCUGCAAAGACAUCAAGAAACAGACGACAACAAAGACAUUUGACUGUGAUGAGACACAGACAGAGUCAUUGGUCUCCCCCCAGAUGAGCACAAGCAGAUAUUUCCUAUCUGCUUGGUCUUCAACAACCUCCUUAAAGUCUUUGCCACAGAAUCAUUCACCUUCCAGUGCCACAACAUGCUCUCCUAAAGUUGGCAGCCACAAUGUUGGCUGCCAGACUUUUGAAUCCUCCCUUGCUCCUUGCGAUGCAUGUCACAGAGUGCAGUCCACUUUGAGAAGAACAGGACAUGCUUUGGUAGAACUGCUUCAGAGUGAGGGUCUGCCCUCAUCUCUGCAGCCGCUCUUGGUAGCUGUGGAGGAGACCCUGGAGUUGGGACAUAUGACAGCAGGCGAUGUUGCCCAGUGGGCCAGUGAGCAGCUCAGAGACAUGCGACGGCUGGCAAAGCAUCUUCAGGAUGUGCGGAGUACUGUGCAGCCUCUUAAAGACAAGCUGGAAGAAACCGAAGCAGAGCGGGAUAAAUUCCGGUCUCAGCUUGAAAGAACGCAAAAAGAGUUCAAGCAAGAAAUGGAAAAACACCAAGCGAACAUAGUACAGCUGGAGUUUUCACUGCGAAAAGAACAGAGAUCCACGAAGGAAACUGAGCAAAGGCUACAUGAGGAGCUACAACAGCUCAAGAGAGAAAUGAUGUGCUUGGAGGAGAGUAAUUCCAGACUGAAAGAGAAACUAUCAGCACAGCAAGAUUCAUUACAGGCACUUGAAUGUAAAAAGAACGAGCUGCAGGAGAAAGUGAGAACCUUGCACUUGGAGCAAGAGGCAUGUUGUAAACUACAGCAAACGGUCCAGCAGUUAGAGAGCCAAAUCUCUGAAACUCAACUCCGUCUUGACAAAGAGAACGCCAAGUACCACAGCGCCUGUCGUCAGCAAGAGUCAAUGCAAGCAAAACAGAAAUCUUUGUUAGAGAGAGUUGACACUCUCGACGAAGAGUGUGAAGAGCUGCAGAGGCAGUUGGGAGAGAGGCAGGAGAGACACAUCGACCUUCACAGUCAGCUGCAGCAGAUGUCAGAGGAGAGGGAACAGGUGCAGGCUCAGCUCGCUCAACAGCAGGAUCUGUGUUUGGAGCUCCAAAAGGACAAGCAGACACUAGAAACGUGUGUAGGCGAGCUGAAUAACAGCACGGCUGAGCUGAAGGAACACAUUGCAGCUUUAAGAGAGAGGGAGAAGCUGUUGGUAGCUUUCCCAGAACUCAGCCCUCUUGCUCAGGCACAACCACAGAGUACAGGAAACGUGCUUUUGGAUAUGGAGCAACAACUGCAGGCAAAUAGCAUUCGUAUAAAAGUUCUGGAGCAGGAAAACACAACACUGCACACCAGCCUUGUGAAACUGAGGGAAAGAGCACAGAAUAAUGCCAUCAGAGAAACCUCACCUCAGCAGAGCCCCUCCCUGCCCAGCACACCAGUAGAAAUGCAGGAGAGUUCUUUGCAGAGCUGCAGUGCAACAGGGCUGGGAAACAGAGGGAAGGAAGCAAGACAAGGGGAAAGUGGUUUGGUGCCAGUGGGGUCAGAGGAUCGUGUGUCCUUUGCUGUCGCCUCCCCCUCAUCCCUGCAACUUCACCUGCAAACCCUCCAUCUCAACAUGGGCUCCACCACUGCUAAAAGCCAUGCAAAAACACGCAUUGGUUUUCUCUUGUCUCACUCCAGAAGCUCAAAUCAGAGGAAAAAAAUGAAACCAUGAACGUGUAAAGCACUCAAACAAAAGGCCCUUUUGCAGUUGGAAAGAGAAAAGAUGCUGCUUCAGCUGAGGAUAUGUGGCAACAACUACACGACCUAUAAAAGGCGCAUUCCUAAAUUUAUAUGUCAUGAUGUCUUAUUGUAAAUUCUACCAUGCACGUUUUUUUUUGUAGUUUUACAUUGUCUUGUCUUACUAUGUACAGUAUGUUAAGUUGAAUUAAUAGAUAAAUGAAUAAAAUUACUGUGGAUCUAUA